AUGGCUUCAUUUUCUCGCUCGCCAUGCUGCCGUCAGUUCGAGGCGGCCGGCUAUCUCGCCUCCAGACACGUCUGCGAAUGGCAUAGCGACAAGAAUCCGGAACAACUGCGACCUUUUUUGCUAUCUAGAAGAAUCCCCCAAGCGAAUGCCCACCAUGUCUCAUUCAAGUGGCGCGACCACGAAUUUCUCGAUCUCAACACCGACCUUGGCUCCCUCGGCGUCUUUUCCCUCGAGGUUCUGCACCAGAUUCUCCACCAGCUGGAUAUUGGCAGCCUUGCCCGUCUGCAGUGUGCCAGCCAGGGCAUGAAGCGUGCCGUGGGUAGUCUGCCCAUGCUUCGGGCUCUCCUCGAUUUUGACCCCGCCAUCAUCCGUGGCAUUGCGGCGACUAAGACGGGCUCCCUCAUCGUCUGUCGCGAGCUCUACGACAAGUUUUGCAGCCCCGUUUGCGACACCUGCGACGAGGCGGGCACCUACCUCUACUUACUCACCUGCAAGCGCGUCUGCGCCCAGUGCCUCACCAAGACAUAUCAGUAUCGACCCAUGCGCCCUCUGCAGGCCAAGACCUGGUAUGGCGUCGACAACGAGACGCUCCGCCGCUUGCCUGGCCUUACCGUGCCUACGUACAGGACCCGUUGCGGUGCGGCGCGAAGCAGCAAUUCGUCCUUCUAUUAUCGCAUACCCAAGGUCACGGGCUGGCGCCUGAUUGAUCAAACCGCGUUAAUGAAGGCCAGCAUGCGCAAAUACGGCAGCUUCUUUCGAAUCACGGAUCAACGUUUCUCGAAGACCCUUGAGGCGUUCCGUCGGGUCUGGAUGAGGAUCGGUCGUGUCGGCACGGCGCGGUGGAACAUCGGCACACAAUACAAAAUGGCUGGUGUCGAGACCAGCCUUGCCUGCGCGACAGAGUUCCAGUGGUUUGACCGAAACUCGGGCACCACCGGCGUCCCGAUGCGCUGCGUUGCCUGUCUCGGCUCGGGCACGGAACGAUGGUACUAUACCAAGGGAGGCUUCGAGGAGCACGAGAAGACCAAAGGCAAGGUCAUUAAUGCUACACACCGGCCAGACUUGCUGGAAUAG